AUGCCGUCUGUGGGGUCCGGCUACACCUUUGCGGACUUCCUGCAGCGGCUGGAGCGCAGCCCGGCGUCGCAAAUGCCCCUCCUCUACCACGAACACCGCCUCCUUUUUGUAAAUCGACCCGACAUGCUCUCGAGGGCGGUCCUGUCGGUCUCGUGGGAAAGGGGGCUGACAAUCCUACAAGCAGCCUACUACACCCAGCCGGUGGCUGCGGAGACGUACAGGGCGUUGUUAGCCCGAAUGCUGCGACACAACCGGCACGUGUCGAAGACCGGCGCAGGUCAGCUUGUCAGCUGGCAGGCCGCGAUAAAGGUCAUGAGCGAGGCAGUGCUGGCGCACGGCACCUCGCUGCCGACCCGCGUGUCCGUCUCGACGCUGCGCCUGCUCGCACCACACCGGCAGUGGCGCACGGCCAUCGACGUACUGAAGCUUAACCAGGCGAAUGGGCAGCUUACAAAGCCGAUGUUGGUGGAUGCAGCUCACGCGUGUGCAACGUCAGCGGCAUGGCCCCAUGCCCUCCAGCUGCUUAUGCACCUUCAUCAGCAGGAUCCGCCGCUUCUGUUUGACGCAAUACAGAGUAUGCGACCACCUGGCACGACAACCCUCACAGCCGCUGCCAGCGCUCACGCAUUGCUUCCGUCCGUGCGCGACGGCGGAGCCCCAACACCGGCGCAGCAGCAUAUUUUGAGCGUCCUGAACAGCGUGGUUGGGAGCGUUCCGCAUGAGGUGGCAGCGCGGAGCCCACUCUGCACAUCGUACCUGACUCACCUGCUGGCGAGCACCACGUUGGCACCCGAGCUGAAGGUGCAGCGGGCAACGGCGGCCAUGGCGCAGCUGCCGUGGACAGCCGCGCUGGCACUGCUGAGUGACCUGAGCGAGCCGGCCUUGCUGACAGAUGCGGAGUGGACGCGUGUGCGCGACACCGUUGUGCUCCCCUCCAACUCUGACGUCGGUAAAGGAGACGGUGGCAGCGGCGUAGGGGAGGAGCGACAGCGGCGGCGGCCGUUGUCAGCGAAGAGAAGGCCGAAGAGAGAGAGAGACGCCUCCUCUGUUGUCACGUUGCCCGAUGCGGUGGAGCCAGAAAAGGACGAGGAGGCCGCGGAGGGCGCGGUGCCAUCCUCUUUCACGUCUCUGAACGCUUCCAUCUCGCCAUCGGCACCAUCGGUGACGUCCGCAGCAGCUUCACACCCCCACCAGGACACCGCCGUACUCAGUACAGCGGUUCUCUUCUCUCGCAUGCAGCUCCUACGCGCGUCUCCCCUGACAGCAGCAGCCAUGAUCGCCGUUAUAGUGGAAAAGCUUCCCACGCCGGAGAUGGCAGCCGCGUUUCUCCAGAGCUGCGCAGCGCACCUGGCGCAGCCCGUGCCGGCCCCUUCCUCGGCACCGGAUGCUCUCGACACCGCGCUACACGGUGGUGGCCCCACCGUGGGCUCGGUGGCAGCCGCACGCCACCCUGUUGUCGUCCACGCGCUCUUGCGCAACUGCGCCCGACACGAAAACGGCUGGGCUAUUGCAGCACCGGCGCUGCUUGGCCACAGCGCGGCGCAGGCGACGACCCCACCUGAGCUACUCAGCUCACUUGUUCGACAGCUGCGGCAGGCGAAACAAGUAGCGUUGGCGGUGCGCCUGCUUCACGAGCACAUUAUCCCUUCUGGCAGUCUCUUGACACCAACGUCGUGGGAGGACAUGCUGGAAUGCACGCUGGCACACAACCGUGCCAUUCGCCUGCGACACCUUCAAAGAAAAAGGGGGAACUCACGCGACGGUAGUGUGGCCGCAAAGGCGGCCCCGAGGCUAUCGAGCGUUCACUGGGUGUCUGCGCUGAGCUGGGUGAAAAACCGGCAGACGACCUCCAGCGAGGAUCGGAUUUGCAAGACGGGCACCGGCCCAUCGCAGGGUGCCACGCAGCGGCAUCCGCUGGAAGUUGUCGCUCUAGAACGGCCCCUGUCACACAAGACGCUAAGCCUCCUCAUCAACGUCUGCGUGCUGGGAGGCAGCCCGCAGGGUGCCCUGCACGUGCUUGGCUACGCGCGCCGUGUAAACAAGACGGAGCUGCCCUGCACAUCGCAGAUACGAGCGCUUCUGUACUGCAUGCAGUACGAUCGCCCUUGCGAAGCAGAGGCAAUCGUGGAGCAGUGCGCGAAACGUGAAGGCGAGGCCGCCGCGCAACCGUUGCGGCACCUGCUGCGGCUGAUAGGAGAGGGGAAGUCUAAUGAUGACGAAGGAGACGAGGGGUGA